CAGUUGAUAACAUUGCUCACUCUUCCAGAAUUGAACUGUGUGACGGGCGAAUUGUUUUAGAGAAUUUUGUGUUAAAUUUCAAUAAAAAUGUCCACAAUUGCCGCUCCUUUAUCUGUCGCAGGGACCAGAAGCUCUGGAGCUCCGGUCAGGACACAAAAUGUAAACGCCGCAGCCGCGAUAGCAAACAUAGUGAAGAGUUCAUUGGGUCCUGUGGGUCUUGACAAGAUGCUGGUGGACGACAUUGGAGAUGUCACAGUCACAAAUGAUGGUGCUACUAUUCUGAAGAUGUUGGAGGUGGAGCACCCAGCAGCUAAAGUGCUGGUAGAACUGGCACAGCUGCAAGACGAGGAAGUCGGAGACGGCACCACAUCUGUUGUUAUUAUUGCUGCUGAGCUAUUAAAGAAUGCAGAUGAACUAGUCAAGAACAAGAUCCACCCUACAAGCAUAAUCUCGGGCUACCGGCUAGCGUGCAAGGAGGCAGUGAAGUACAUCCAGGACAACCUCACGAUCACGCUGGAGUCGCUGGGCCGCGGCUCCAUCAUCAACGCUGCCAAGACCACAAUGUCCUCCAAGCUUAUUGGAGCUGACGCAGACUUCUUCUCAGAAAUAGUAGUGGACGCGGCAAUGGCCAUCAAGAUCACCGACCCCAAAGGCAACGCCGCGUACCCCAUCAAGGCCGUGAACAUUCUGAAGGCGCACGGGCGCAGCGCCCGCGAGAGCGUGCUGAUCAAGGGCUACGCCCUUAACUGCACCGUCGCGUCGCAGGCCAUGCCGAAAAAGAUAGUUAAUGCCAAGAUCGCCUGCUUAGACUUUUCGCUGCAGAAGACGAAGAUGAAGAUGGGUGUCCAGGUGUUAGUAUCAGACCCGGAAAAACUUGAAGCCAUCCGAGCUCGCGAGCUGGACAUCACGAAGGAGCGGCUCCAGAAGAUCCUGGCGACGGGCGUGAACGUGAUCCUGUGCACGGGCGGCAUCGACGACCUGUGCCUCAAGUACUUCGUGGAGGCCGGCGCCAUGGGCGUGCGACGCUGCAAGAAGACCGACCUCAAGCGGAUCGCCAAGGCCACUGGCGCUACCUUCCUCACUUCACUCACCAAUAUGGAUGGCGAGGAGGUAUUCGAGCCCAGCAUGAUCGGAGAAGCUGCCGAAGUCGUACAGGAACAGAUUUGCGACGAUCAGCUCAUUCUUAUCAAAGGGCCGGCGGCGCGGACGGCGGCGUCGAUCAUCCUGCGCGGGCCGACGGACGCGUACUGCGACGAGAUGGAGCGGUCGGCGCACGACGCGCUGUGCUGCGUGCGCCGCGUGCUGGAGUCCGGCCGCCUCGUGCCCGGCGGCGGCGCCGUCGAGGCCGCGCUCUCCAUCUACCUGGAGAACUUCGCCACCACGCUGAGUUCCCGCGAGCAGCUGGCGAUAGCGGCGUUCGCGCAGUCGCUGCUGGUGAUCCCCAAGACGCUCGCCGUCAACGCGGCGCGCGACGCCACCGACCUAGUGGCCAAGCUGCGCGCCUACCACAACUCCUCGCAGACCAAGGUGGAACACGCGAACCUGAAAUGGGUGGGUCUGGACCUGACGGAGGGCACGCUGCGCGACAACCUGGCGGCCGGCGUACUGGAGCCCGCCAUCUCCAAGGUCAAGUCGCUCAAGUUCGCCACCGAGGCCGCCAUCACCAUCCUGCGCAUCGACGACAUGAUCAAACUCGACCCCGAGCAGUCCUCCGGGAAGUCCUACCAGGACGCCUGCAACGCCGGCGAACUCGACUAAACCACGAUAAGGGCUCUUUCCCACUUAUCAUCCUCGUUGCGGGUAGUUUUCUGCAAGGUCCUGUUUUAGUAGUGUUACGUUCUAUUAUUAGUAACGUUCACACGAGCAUUCUGUUUGUAGACACUGCACGCAUACUACAGAAAACUGGAUCCUGCAGAAAACCUUACCCGCAAAAAACUGGAAGUCAGUGGGAAAGAGCUCUAACGGUGCAUUCGAUGUAUUGUCUCGGUCACUCUUAAUUACAAGGGAUUUUUUGCAUAAGUUAUACAACUGUCGUCAUCGGAUAUAUUGUACGGUAUAUUUUCUACGUACAUGUUCAUAUAUUUCUUGAUGGCGACAGUACUUCAAAUGGCCGAUAUUAUCAUCUGCUAGUAUUAUGUUUUGUUCAUUCAGAGCCAGUUAAAGGUGAGCUUUAUGUUAGCCCUCAAAUUUUAUGUCGGGCAUUACAUGGGCAUCAUGUCCCAAUUUCCUCUGGCGGGCAUUUUAGAAAAUCAAUGUUGCUUUCCUAACAAUUCAAUUGCAGUAGACUCCUACUUACUUUGCUUUUAUGAGUUUAGUAUCUCAACUAGAUACAGGAAGUUUGAAAUAAAAUCGGAAGUAUUUUUGUACAAAAAAUUACUGAGAUCAUUAUGUGAAUAUUGAUUACAGUGUGCUUGAAUGAUUAAGAUGCCUGAAUGUGUUGGGUUUUGUUUUGUUUAAACAUGUAAAAAUCACAUGUAAUUUGAAUUUGAGGAUACAAGUUAUCAGGGUUUACAUUAAAAUAUCCUUGAUUCCUUUUCACUUCAUGUAUUGAUGUUGAUACUACCCAGGAUUUAAAAAUACUAAAAAGUACCAAAUUUAUAUUAAAUAAUAAUAAAAUAAGGCAGGACCAUGUAUAUUUUUAUUUCAGCAUCAUCUUAUUGUUGUAAUGACAAUGUCAAUUGUGUUAAAAAUGAUAUUAAAUAUUAUCAGACAGGUAUUUUAAAUAGUCCUAUUUUAAUUUGUAAUUGAAUCACAAUCACAACCACAUAUGUUCAGGUUGUGUAUCUGAAGGUAUUAACGCCAGUUUUAUUUAUGUCAACCAGUUUUAUUUAUGUCAACCAGUUUAUGGUUGUAUUGCUUUCACUUAAUGCUAGAUAAUGUUGCUAGAAGUGUCUUAUGUACUACUUAAACAAUAAAUAUAAUUUUAAUACUAGUUAUUUAUAA